GUAAACAAGAUGGCGAAAUUUGUGAUCGCAGGAAGUUCAAACUGUCCCUACUAUGCAAGAGCUGAACUUCUAGCAGAUAAGCUUGAAAGGAACCUAGACGACUUUAAACUCCACAAAAUAGUGAAGCAGCCUGGAGAUUGGCAGACAUGGUUGGACAAUACAUGUAAACAACAUGGUUGGAUGCAUAGAAAAUCUCCAAUAGUAUGGCGGGAGCUAGUUGACAGGGGGGGAAAGGGUACCCUGAUUGGAGAUGUGAAUGACUUUCAAGAAUAUGCAAACGGUUACUAUGGCAUCCUUUCUGAUAUGACAAGUGAUGACAUGAAGAAGGUUUCUGAUGAAAACAUGAAGUACAAGAAUGAGCUCGAUGAGGAAGAUAGACAGUUCAAGAGUCUUAGUAAGCCACUGGAAAUUUGUAUCACUAAUGCAUCCAGCCAUAUUUGUUACAACAUGCUGGACGCUAUUGCGAGAGGGGAUGUAUUUGGCUCGGAUAUUGAAGUCAAUCUCCGAUUGUAUGAUAAUGAAGAGCAGAUGGAAUAUCUUAAAGGUGUUGAGAUGGAAGCGAUGGACUUGGCUCAUACUUUAUUGAGAAACAUAACAUCUAUGAGUGACAGUAGGAAAGCUUUCACAAAUUGCAGCGCAAUAAUAAUCUUGGAUGAUUUUAGUCAAAAAUCAGAAGAAGAAUUUGAUGUUUGGAUAAAAAGGUGUUUGCGUAAUAUUACCAACUACGCUGAGGCUAUUAAUGAGGUAGCUAAAAGAGACGUUAAAGUACUAAUCUCUGGUAAUGGACCCGUUAACUUCAAUGCCUACAUGAUGAUUCAAUAUAUGCCCAAUAUACCAAGACAAAAUGUUGUUGCCUUACCAAGACUUGUUGAAAACCAUGCUAAAGCUAUUCUUGCUGAAAGGUUAGAAGUGAACUCUAAUGGUGUAGUAAAUGUGACAAUAUGGGGUGACUCAAAUGGAACAUAUUACUGUGAUUUAACCAAAACUAGAAUCCAUGGCUAUGAUGGGGCUAUAUGGGGGCCUCCUUCCUUUUCUGUAGACUGUGCAGAGAUGGUUCAUGAUGAUAAGUGGCUUGAGAAAGAAUUUGUCGAACUGUUGAAAACCAGGCAAGAGAAUGUUGAGACAAUGUUACAGCAUGGAGGACACUUCUCCCAGGCAGCAGCCAUAGUGUCUGCUAUGACACAAUGGUGGAAUGGAUCCCCACCUGGACAGACAUUCUCCCUGGGAGUAUACUCUGAAGGAUGGUAUGGUGUCCCUGAAGGCCUGGUCUGUUCAUUCCCAGUUGCUAUGUCUCCCAAAGGUUACUGGAAUGUGGUGCAGGACAUUGAUAUUGGAGAAACAACAAAAAAUAAACUUACAGAAAUAAUUAAGGAUCUUCAAAAGCAAGUAGAGGUGAUCUACCCACCACCCUAUGUGCCCCCUCCAACUCCCACAGAAAGUGAGAAGGCUGCAGAGAGUGCAGCUAGUGCCAGUGCUGAGACAAUAAAGGACACAUCUGAUAAAUCAAAGACAGAAUCCCAGCCUGAAGGGGAGGAUUCUGACAAAGCACUUACAUCAGAUUCUGAAGGUAUUACAUCAUUAACAGAUACCAGUGACACAGAGACUCGGCCAUCUCUGGCUAAAAUUGAAGAAGAUAGGGAAGGCGAGACAACAGCAUAUAGUAACAUUGUUACAGACAAUACAGAACAAUCUACAGAAUCAGAUACUGAAUCUUAAAGAUCCCAGCUAUGAAUCUGUGUAAUGAUGCCAUGAUCACAUAUUUAUUCAGGGGCCUAACCAGGAUAGAAAUUAGGCAUGGCAUAUUUAGGUUAAAUGAGCUGUAUUGCUACAUUUAGACUUCAUUUCCAUUGUAAAGUUGAAAAAAAUCUAAAUAAAUAUAUUUUUCUAUGUUAGAGAGGCAGAUACAAUGCCUGCCUCAUGCCUUUGAUGUUUGAGCAUCCAUGUGUUGAACAAAAAAUAAUAAAAAUUGCAAUUACAUAAAUUACAAGGAUUGGAAUGAUUGUUGGCUGUUUUUGGGGUUGGAUGCAUCAUUUUAAAAUCACAUGUACUAUAAUACUUCUAUUUUUAUAGGAAAAUCUUAUUGUACUUUGAAAAUAUAUUUAACUGGUACAUAAUGACACCUCAGUGCUAACAUCUCAACAUAUUGUUAUUAUUAUUUUUUGUAUAAUUGAUACACAUAAUGUCAUCAAAAUUAAAGAAUAAAACAUAUUCUUAUUCAAUAAAAUAUGCUUAUAUUAUAAAAUUA